AUGGUACUGAUCUUGACAAUAUUUAAUAGUGAAACUGAUAUUUUUCCAACCACCAAUAAUAAUUAUAAUGUUCCAAGUUCAAGUUUACCUGAGAGCUCGCCUGAGAGUUUACCUCAAACGCCUAAUAUUUCCAAUACAAUUAAAAGUAAAGAGUUUUUGAAAUCGUUAACUUCUUGGGCAGUCAAGACUCAUUCAGAUUUUGAAGGAAUUCCAAAAGAUUGCAGGACUCUACUUAAAUUUGACAAGUCUUUAAAGAAGGACAUUACUUUAAUUGAUCCAGGGCAAUACUACCAUUUUGGUUUGAAACAAGGAAUUUUAGAGUCCUUGAAAAGAGAAAAAAAUUCAGAAAACUAUUUGGUGGAUGGAAACAUUUUGAAAGUAUCUGUGAACAUUGAUGGCUUACCUCUAACUAAAAGCAGUUCAAGUCAAAUUUGGCCAAUUUUGGCAUGCCUUGAUAACCUUGAAUACAGUGUUCCCUUUCCCAUAGGCAUAUACCAUGGUAAAACCAAACCAGAAAAUUCAAAUAAUUUUUUAAAUAUUUUCGUAGAGGAAUUUCAGGCAAUAAAAACAACAGGAGUAAAUUUAAAUUCCACAAAUUUUCAAGUUAAAAUAUCAAAAAUUCUAUGUUUUGCUCCUGCUAAAGCGUAUGUACUUAAUGUUAAAGGCCAUACAUAA